AAAAAAAAAAAAGUGAUGGCAUCUACGUCAUAAAUCUCCAGAGGACCUGGGAGAAGCUUCUGCUGGCCAUGCCAUUGUUGCCAUUGAAAACCCUGCUGAUGUCAGUGUUAUAAUCCUCCAGGAAUACUGGCCAGAGGGCCAUGCUAAAGUUUGUUGCUGCCACUGGAGCCACUCCAAUUGCUGGCCGCCUCACUCCUGGAACCUUCACUAACCAGAUCCAGGCAGCCUUCUGGGAGCCACAGCUUCUUGUGGUUACUGACCCCAAGACUGACCACCAGCCUCUCACGGAGGCGUCUUAUGUUAACCUGCCUACCAUUGCUCUGUGUAACACAGAUUCUCCUCUGUACCAUGUGGACAUUGUCAUCCCAUGCAACAAGGGAGCUCACUCAGUGGGUCUGAUGUGGUGGAUGCUGGCUCAGGAAGUUCUGCGCAUGCGUGGCACCCUUUCCCAUGAACACCUGUGGGAGGUCAUGCCUAAUCUCCACUUCUACAGAGAUCCUGAAGAGAUCGAAAAAGAAGAGCAGGCUGCUGCUGAAAAGGCUGUGACCAAGGAGAAAUUUCAGGGCCAAUGGACUGCUCCAGCUCCUGAGUUCACUGCUCCUCAGCCUGAGGGUGCAGACUGGUCUGAAGGCAUGCAGGUGCCCUCUGUGCCUAUCCAGCAGUUCCCUACUGAAGACUGGAGUGCCCAGCCUGCCACGGAAGACUGGUCUGCAGCUCCCACUGCUCACACCACUGAAUGAGUAGGAGCAACCACUGAAUGGUCUUAAGCUGUUCUUGCACACACUCUUAAGCAACAUGGAAAUAAAGUUGAUGGAAAAUAAACAUCAGUUUCU